GCGGUAUAAACUGGCUUAGGAACUGUGCAGUGGUAGAGAUCUUUCCAUUAUAACGAAGCAGAGGUAGCGGGACGUACUCUGUGUCGCAGCAGAGUCGUCUUCAUCAUGGUACAGUUGCAUGUGUUGUUCGAACAUGCCGCAGGCUAUGCCCUGUUCGCGGUCAAAGAAGUGGAGGAGAUCGGCAUGCUUCUUCCUAUGGUGGAAGAAUGUGUGACCAAAAUCGCAAAGUUCACCAGCAUGGUCAGUCUGGCGGCUUUCUUCCCUUUCAAAUCAGCACAGGGUGCCCUGGAAAACAUCAACGCUAUUUCUGAAGGUGUUGUUCAUGCUGACCUGAGGCUGUUUCUUGAAACAAACAUGCCUGAAUCCAAAAAGAAGGCCAUGCUGGGGGUGUCUGACUCAAAGAUAGGUGCAGCGCUGCAGGAGGAGCUGUCGUUCUCCAUCCAGACCGGGGGAGUGGUGGUGGAGAUCUUAAGAGGUGUUCGUCUGCAUUUCCACUCGCUGGUGAAGGGUUUGACUGCCCAGGCCGCCUCAAAGGCACAACUGGGUCUAGGCCACAGCUACUCUCGGUCUAAGGUGAAGUUCAACGUCAACAGAGCGGACAACAUGAUCAUCCAGUCUAUUGCUCUCCUGGACCAACUCGACAAGGACAUAAACACCUUCUCAAUGAGAGUCCGCGAGUGGUAUGGCUACCACUUCCCAGAGCUGAUCAAGAUCGUUGCAGACAACUCUACAUACUGCCGCCUGACCCAGCUGAUUGGCAACAGGAAGGAGCUCUCUGAGGAGAGUCUAGAGAGCCUGGAGGAGGUGGUGAUGGACAGUGCCAAGGCCCAGGCAAUCUUGGACGCCUCACGCAGCUCCAUGGGUAUGGACAUAUCUCCCAUCGACCUGAUCAACAUCGAGAGAUUCUCCAACCGCGUCGUGUCCCUGGCAGACUACCGCCGGGGGCUGCAGGAGUACCUGCGCUCCAGGAUGAGCCAGGUGGCCCCCAACCUAGCCGCCUUGAUCGGAGAAGUGGUGGGAGCUCGGCUAAUUUCACAUGCUGGUAGCCUGACCAAUCUGGCCAAAUACCCAGCCUCUACUGUCCAGAUCCUGGGAGCAGAGAAAGCCCUGUUCAGAGCGCUGAAGACACGCGGCAACACUCCCAAAUACGGCCUCAUUUUCCACUCGACAUUCAUUGGUCGCGCUGCUGCGAAGAACAAGGGCCGUAUCUCCAGAUACCUGGCAAACAAGUGCACCAUCGCCUCACGCAUAGACUGCUUCUCUGAGGUGCCUACAAGUGUGUUUGGUGACAAGCUCCGCAACCAGGUAGAGGAACGACUGUCCUUCUACGAGACUGGUGACCUCCCCAGGAAGAACGUUGAUGUCAUGAAGGAGGCAAUGAAAGAGGCUGGUGACGUGACCACUGAGAUCAAGAGGAAGCUGGAGAAAAAGGAGAAGAAACGCAAGAAGCGUGAGAGUAAGCUCCAUGAGGAGGUAAACGGUGGAGCCAACGGCACGGCGGAGAUAAAGGCUGAAAAUGGAGAGCCUGAGACACCAGUCAAGAAGAAGAAAAUCAAGGCUGAGGUAGUUGAGACUCCAGACGAUGUCGAGGCUCCAGCUGCCGAGGAAGUGGAAACCCCCGCCAAGAAGAAAAAGAAACGCAAGUCAGAAGCCAUGGAAACCGAGGAGUUACCUGAGACCCCCGUGACUGAGAAGAAGAAGAAGAAAAAGAAGAUCAAGGCGGAAUAGAUUUACUUUGUAUCUGUACAGUUUUUAUUUUGAUGCAUUUUGUUUGCUGGACUUAAUGACCAACAAGUGACCUUCGUGUAAUAUGCUUUAUAUAAAUGGAAAACAUCAACUCACUUUUUCAAAAUUGUGCCUUGAAGUUAUUUCUGUUAUCCGUGUAAAUAAACGCCAUGUGACAUUUUUA